UUUUGGGCCACACAUUUUAUUUUUCCAUGUAUUCUGCAUCAGAUAACAUUAUGGAUGCUUUGAAAGUGGUUCAUCGAUUAUCUUUUGAAGCCGUUGCCAAUGCCUAUGUUUCAGUGGAUACGUUCUUUUUACUGAGCGGCUUGUUGGUAUCCUACUUAUGCCUGAAGCGAUUUGAUAAGUACGAUGGAUCAUCCUUUCUCCGCUACUUUAGCAAGAAGUUCAUGCCCCAAUACUAUUUGCACAGAUUCUUGAGGCUUACUCCUAGCUACAUGUAUGUCAUUCUGUUCUUCAUUUUCAUCUUUCCAUUUUGCGGAGAUGGACCUCUUUGGUUUGAAAAGUCGAAAGGAAUGGAAAUACAAAAUUGUAAAAAGCACUGGUGGACCAAUUUGCUGUAUAUUAACAAUUUCUACCCAACCAGCAUGGGUAAUGAGGUAGUUGCAGUUUUUUACUUGAAUUGCAACAAAACAUAUUUAGUUCAUGAAAAUCUUUUCUUGUAGGUAAGGGUUGGUGGUUACCAUUUGGUUUGUUUUGAGAUUGUUGCUCAGAUAGCCUCCAACUCAGACAGCCUAUCUACUGCUUUCUUACUCAGACAGAUUGACUUUGAGAUUUCACUGCUUCUUUUCU